AGAGGAACCGCAUGCCCAGCGAUUCUACCACUUCACCGUCAGCGUCUGACCCUGCCAUGUCCAAUAACAGGAUUGCACCGCUGCUGAAUUCAAUGAUAUCAAACAACACUAAAAACACCGCGGGAUGUAGUUGACGUUGCUUAUCAGGGUUCGAGUGCAGUUGCAGGGAUCUAGAGGAGGUGGCGGUGGGGAUUGUUCCAGGAUAAGGUUGAGCAAGUGGAUAGUGUCACGAGAAAUCAGAGGAAAUUUUCAAAAGAAGCGCCAGACUUGAGCUGAUUGUCGUUGUUCAAGUGGUUCAACAUAUAACACCGAGCGAAUCAACGACAACUACCAGCAGAUCAAGAGUAUAAACAUCGUAAAACUCGAAGAGAAAGAAGAAAAAAAGUGAUCUAAAAGAAAUCAUCAAAAGAAUCAUUGAACAGACAGAACAGUUUGAGCUCGGAUUGAGGUGAUUGUUGGGGGGUUUUUGUUGAUUAACGUCAUUUCAAACGAAAUGAACGUAACUGAGGUGCCACCAAGUCCGGAUAACUGCAACGACAAUAGCACGCAAGUAACUGAAUACGAUGUAUGGCAGCAAGUAUUAAUAAGUGUACUUGCUAUUGGUCUGAGUCUUGUAACAGUUAUCGGUAAUUCAAUGGUUAUGAUUGCUAUUAGAAUUGAUAAACAACUCCAGACAAUAUCAAAUAAUUUUUUAUUCAGUCUUGCUGUUGCUGAUUUUGCCAUUGGUCUUAUAUCAAUGCCACUUUUUACUGUUUACACGGUAUUUGGUUAUUGGCCAUUUGGUUCAAUAGUAUGUGAUACGUGGCUGGCACUCGAUUAUCUCGCUAGUAACGCGUCUGUACUUAAUCUGCUGAUCAUAAGUUUCGACAGAUUUUUUUCGGUCACGAGACCGCUGACGUACAGAGCUAAGAGGACACCGAAGAAAGCCGCAAUCAUGAUAGCUGGUGCCUGGGGAAUAUCAAUCCUCCUCUGGCCCCCCUGGAUCUACGCUUGGCCGUACAUCGAGGGCGAGAGAACAGUGCCAAACGACGAGUGUUACAUACAAUUUAUCGAAACAAAUCACUACAUAACAUUUGGCACAGCAAUAGCAGCAUUUUACGUUCCCGUAAGCGUUAUGAUGCUACUUUAUUGGCGAAUAUGGAGAGAGACGGAAAAACGAAUAAAAGACUUGAAGGAGUUGCAGGAGGGUAAACAGGAUGCUAGUAAACGAAGUAAUUCCAGUGAUGAGGCGCUGGAUAUGGAGGGAUGUAGGAGAGGGAGAAGUGCAUCGAGCACUGGCCAUGAUGACGUUAAUUCAUCGAAUUUCGCUAGUUCGUAUUUGGAUAGACGAUAUCCCGAUACUAAGAACAGACCGAUGUCCUGGUCAUCCCUGAAAAUGUGGUGCAUAGCGUGGUGGCACAGUGGCCGUGAGGACGAUGACGAUGAGGACGAUAUAACAGCAACUGAUGUACCGAGUAAAACAAUCUAUCCCGGCGAUGAGACACUCACACCUGUAUCAGCUGAGACACCAUUCAACAGUACCAUUUCACGUCCCUCAUUAACUGGUAUACAAUCGAGUGAGAGCAGCCAAGUUCGGAAGAAUAUGUCUGCUGAUCCGGUAUACACAAUUGUGAUAAAGCUUCCACCCUCAUCCGCCCCCAGCAUAACGAUGUACGAGAACCUGAUCUCCCUCCAGGACCAUCACAAACCCCUGGAGACGCGGAGUGUGAUCGGCGACGACGACAGGCCACAACCCGGUCGUAUCGAUUCCGUAUCAACAAUGGUCGAUGUUCGUUUACCCCUUACAAUCAGACCAGUUCAAAAAAGUGUCACCUGCACAAAUGUCAAGCCACCCCCGAAGAAGAAAAAACGUACGCAGGACAAGAAAGCAGCCAAAAUACUGUCCGCUAUUCUAGCGGCAUUCGUUAUAACAUGGACACCGUACAACAUACUAGUCCUGCUCAAACCAUUAACAAGGGCCUGUAUCAUACAGAUACCUAAUGAACUCUGGUCUUUUUUCUACUACUUGUGCUAUAUCAAUAGCACUAUUAAUCCUCUGUGCUAUGCACUAUGCAAUGCCAACUUCAGAAGAACAUACUGGAGAAUUCUACAGUGCAAAUGGCGGAGAAAUGCCGCCAGGGCUUAUUGUCCACCAUGAAGUAAUAACGGUUAAGUUACGUUUAAGUGCGACUUCUUUUUUAAAACGGGAUCCUUCACGCAUUUCAACGAUUCAUCGAGACUGGGGAGAAACAGAGAGUUGGGACUAUUCGCAAUCGAUAGCCAGGAAAAUUUCCGAUUAAAUGAGUACCAACAUCGCUUAUUUUCGAGUUAUCGAUCAUUCUGGAUCAUUGAGAUCGAUGGAGAUCUAUAAUCGAUUGAAACUCUUCGAGAGAGAUCGAGAGGUGGAACUAGUCUCAAUCGAUAGCCAAAGACACUCCCAGUGAAAAGCAUACCAUCAUCGUCCAUUUCCAUGUCGCAAAUCGUCAUAGAUCACGUAGAUCUUUAAGUAUCGAUUAUAGAUCCCAAUUAGUUUUUUGCGAUUUUCUCGAAGAGUUGUGGAUCAAAAUAGGUGUUCAGACAGUAUUUUCCAUCGGAAAUUUCCCGCUCUUUCGAAUGAGAGCACCUUCAUCUCUCUCCGUUCUCAAAAUAAUCGCGAAAAAAACAUAAAAAAAGAGAUUCUUCCUCAGAAUAAUGACAAAAAUGGACGGAAAAAUCCAUUCGAUGAACAUUUCCACAUAACAAUAUGUGUUCUACACCCCCUUCCUCUUUCCGAAGGAUCUCUCUUCACUUCAUCGUCGACUGGUAUCGACUCAAUAAUUUUCCGUUAAUUAAUUCAUCAAUUAAACAAAUAAUAUUUUCUCAAGAGCCAUUGUCCGGGACAAUGGGCUCCAGUGAUCAUCAAUUUUUUACUCUCUAAUUAAAACUUAAAAAAAAAGUAUUAAAACACAAUGUCUUCAGCCCAUCCCCUGCCCCCCGGACUAAUCUACUUAAAUGUGCAAUAGUUGUCUCAUUAAUUUAAUGACUCUUUUUUUAAAAAAUAAAAUGAUUAAUAAAACUCAAUGAGUAAAAAUAAAAUGCAAACAAAUUCAUGAUAACGCCUGUCCCCUCGUUAUUACAAUAAAAUAACACAAUGAGAACAUAAUGCAUGGAUCAUCAUUAAAAUAUUAAAUCGACAAUGUUAAUGGGGAUAAAAUGUUUUCAACGUGAAAAAACAAAACAUAAGAACAAAGAGAUACUGCCAUGGACAUUUUUUGUUCUCGGAUCUGUACCUUUAUUUUUUAAUUAUGAAGGGUAUUUUUCUCUCUGGAGGUGGAGAAAAAACUUUUUGAGGA